UUAUCUCUUAUGACAAUGCUUGUUAAACCUCGAGUGUCGCUAGAGACCGACGACAUGCUUCCCGUUUGGUUCUGGUAGCGACAAGGAGCGCGCAUCACUGCCAUCUGUAACAGACGGCGCAGUUCAUUGACAGUUGGUCAAUCAAGAAGGUGCAUCGCAAUUAUAAAUAACAUGUUCAUGGAAAUUUUUUCGUAUAAAUGCACGUAUUGGAAUCGUACAUCGUCCACAAUGCUUCCCCCAAUCAUCUGGGCAGUCCUUCUCGCCUUCUACCCACUGUUAUACGUGAAUGGCGCGUUACGUGACGGUCGUUCUCAUGGAAAUAUGAUCCAAAGGCCGAGUAUCCCGGUUGUUACUAUCGAGAAUCUCGAUGCCCCGGUUCUAAGUCGUAACGGUACCGUGCUACCGCCGUACAACACGACCUAUUAUUUCGACCAGCUCAUUGACCAUAAUAACCCGUCCCUGGGAACGUUUCAACAACGUUACUGGCAUACGUACGAAUUUUAUGAACCCGGUGGUCCAAUCAUUUUAAUGACUCCGGGAGAAGUCAAUGCGGAACCAUACACUGGUUAUCUCACUAAUGGGACCAUAAAUGGACUGAUAGCACAGCAAGAGAACGGAGCAGUCAUUGUUUUGGAACACCGAUUUUACGGCCUCAGCAAUCCCUAUCCAAACCUUACUGUAGACAGUUUACGACUGCAUACGCUGCAGCAAGCUAUUGACGAUCUCGUUUAUUUCGCCGAGAAUGUCGACUUACCUAUGCCCAACGGCGGAGCACUCGGUCCAGACAAGGCUCCUUGGAUUCUCAUUGGCGGGAGCUAUUCUGGUGCAUUGACUAGUUGGACGAUUGUCAACCAACCAGGCGUUUUCUGGGCAGGAUACUCUUCAUCCGGGGUAGUAGAAGCGAUCCUCGACUAUUGGCGAUACUUUGAACCGAUACGUCAAAACAUGCCAGCCAACUGUUCGGCCGAUGUUGCUGCUGUGAUUGCUCACAUCGACCAGGUCUUUCCUUCCGGCAAUCAAUCAGCGAUUCAACAAAUCAAGAACUCCUUUGGGAUGGGAGAUAUGACCCAUCUUGACGAUGUUGCUGGCGCUCUUCGUAACAACUUGUGGGACUGGCAGUCUUUACAGCCGGACUCUGGUCCGGGUCAGCAAUUUUUCGAGUUUUGUGAUGCGCUGGAAGUCAAAAAUGACGUUUCCGCGUCCGCCGAGGGUUGGGGUUUGGACCAUGCUCUGACAGCUUGGAGUUCGUACUUCAAGAAUACGUACAUAUUUGAACUUUGCGGGGAUCUGGAUGCAGAAACUUGUCUUGGCAGUUACAAUGCAACUCAAGCCUACUACACGAACACCAGCAUCGACAACGCAGAACGAUCAUGGUUUUGGAUAGUAUGCAAUCAAGUUGGCUUCCUCCAAGAAGGACCGCCACUAGGGGUCCCAGCCAUUGUUACGCGUCUAGUGCAGCCGCCUUAUGAUCUCCGACAGUGCUCGUACAUGUUCCCGGAAGCUUUUCCCACAUCGCCUACGACCAUCGACGUGGCAAAGACCAACGAAGCAUACGAAGGCUGGAACGUGAGGACUAAUAGGCUCUUUUUCGCUAACGGUAUACGAGACCCUUGGAGAGACGCGACAGUAUCUGCUCAGACGGUCAACGUUCCCAGCACUGCCUCGCAGCCCAUUGCGCUGGGAGACGGAUUCCAUUGCUCUGAUCUUUUGACCCCAAACGGUGUGGUCGACCCUACUGUUGCCGCUGUCCAGAAUCAAGCUCUGGGGACCAUGCAUACUUGGUUGCAAGAAUGGACACCGGACCGGCGCCGCAGUGGCAGCGGCACUGGUGGCUCGAAGUUUUCUUCAAGAUCUUUGACGGGCCCAAAGGGGAAACCUGUGAAUGCUUGGUUCAGAGGGUCGGGUACAUUCUGAAUGGUAAGAAUAGAACAAAAUCUGUAGUACUGUUGUGCAAUCAUGGUGCGAUCCUGUUUGAAUGUUUCACAAGUCUUUGUCAUUUUCUGAGCCC